UCUUAAGAUUUCUAAAUAGGCAUAAAGCAAAUAAAUUAUCAAUAAUAAUAUUCUAAAACCUAUUUUUUAAGGUUAAAUAACCUUUCUACAUACUUCCAUCAUACUUUUGAAUAAAAAAAUCUUUCCGUUUGUGAUAAAAUACUCAAUGUAAAGCCUGGAAAUGAGGCCUAAAUUGUAAUAGCUACAUUAUAUAAGCAUAUGAAAUUAAAACCUUCUGUGUUUUCUGAAUAAAAUUAAAAGGUUAAUAAUAAUAAUUAUAUAAGUGAUGAUGAUAUUAUAUAUAUGGAAGAUAAUUUAGGUAGAAUGUAACUUUCUUUUAAUAAUUCUAUAUAUGUAAAUCCUUUAGGAUAGAAAAGCCCAAUUAAUAAAGAUAUGUUAGUAACUGGAAUUGUUAUGGGAAUUAAAGGAAUUUAAAGAGCAGCAGAAGUUAAUGUUUUUGAAGUUUAAGAAAUGUAUUCAUGUCUUUUACCUUAUUAGGAAAAAAAAGUCAGUAUUCCAUAUCCUUUAAGUACGAAUUUUAAUUAGAAUUAAUAUGAUUUUUAGUAUUAUUUGUAAGAUAAUUUAGAAAAUAUAGGAAAUUUUGUAAUUUUUACAUCAGGUAUACAUAUAGACUCAAAAGUUGAUAAAUUUUCAUUGAAAAUGUUUACAUCAAUUCUUGUAGGAAAUUCAAAUUUAAAAAAAAUAAUGUAAAAUGUAAAUAGAGUUAUUAUUGCUGGUAAUGUAAUAGAAAAAGUUUAAGGAUUAGAUUAUAAUUUAGUCGGCUCUUAUAGAUGCCAAGAUUAAUUUAAAAACUUAUAUUCUGAGAUUAGUUAAAAAAUGAAAGAUGUAGAUGAAUUAAUUAGUUAACUAUCAUAUAAUACAUCUUUAGAUAUAAUGCCUGGAGAAAAAGACCCUACCCCUAUGUUUUUACCUCAAUAACCUAUUAACAAAUGUUAUUUUAUGUAAUCUAUUAAUAAUAAGAACUUAUAAUGUGUAACUAAUCCUUAUAAAUUUGAAAUAGAUGGAAUUCAAUUUCUUGGAACUUCAGGUUAGAAUGUUUCUGAUAUUAAAAAAUAUUCCAGUUUAAAUGAUAAUGAAAUCGAUAUUUUAGAGAAUAAUAUCUAUUGGAGACAUAUGUUUCCUAGUGCUCCUGAUACUUUAUAAUGUUAUCCAUUUGGAGAUUAAGAUAAUUUUAUUAUUGAUGAAUUACCGCAUGUUUAUUUUAGUGGAAAUUGCAGUAAAUUUGAUACUAAGCUUAUUUAUGACGAAAAAGUAAAAAGUUCUUGUAGAUUAAUUUGCAUUCCCUAAUUAUCUGUUUGUAAAUCUUUUAUUUUAUUAAAUAUUUCUAAUUUAGAUGUUUUCUAAAUACAUUUAUGA